CGCGCGCACACACGCACGCGCGCACACACAAACAGCAUGUCCUAAAAGUCAGUUUACGUGUUUUCGCAGUAAUGGUGUCGGCUGUUUUGUCCAUUGUAAUUUUCGGGUCCUGUGUAAUAUUUCUACCGUCUACAUGGGCGGACGGCUGUUCCAGCUACUGGGACGACAGUGGCAUUCGUCGUCGUGAUCUCCAGUGCGGUGACAUUUAUUGCUGUGGAACCUGCAGCAAUAAAUAUUGCUGCAUUGAAAAGACAAGGCAGCUAAGUCAAGAGCUCUGCGAUGACAGGCCUCGCUUUGAGAAACACUUCAGGUCCCCCAUACUUUUGGUCAGCAUUCUCGGAGCAGUCAUUCCCAUUAUCUUCUGCGUGGGGCUCAUCACCUGCUUUGUGGCUCCAUGCUGCUUUCUGUACAAAAAGUGCAGGAAACCACGCAACUCACGGCGGCAUCCAAAUGUGACAACUACCUAUGUCGUCGCACCCCAUCAGCCGGCCUCCCCGCCUCACCAUCCGCCGUACCAUCCCAACUACCAGCCCGUACCUGUCCCGCCUCAUUACGGAGGCCCCGCCAUGCCCACUGCACCGGUGGGCCCGCAGCCAUACAUGGAAGCAGCUCCUCCAGCGUACCCUCCAGGUGGUCCACCGCCACAUCUAGAUGAACAUUCGCAACCUCCCUACAACCCUGCAUAUGGUUUCAACCCCUAAAUCACACACUUGGAAAGGCGCGCGCUUGUCUUUAGCACGUGGAAUCAUUUGGUGUUGCAAUACAUUUCCAGGGACAGCUAAGCACGCAGAGCAAACGGUAAAAGCAAUUGUAAAUAAAUGCAGUCUUAAAUUAGAUUAUCUUUAAACGUGUUUCAUCCAUCCCAAAGCAAAGAGACUAUAUUUGGGAAAUCCCGCUAGCCAACUGGCUGUCUACGUUUUACCCAAUAUAUUUGGAAUUCAUGAAAGUUUACAUAAUUUAUAUUUUCCCACGACAGAGUGGACAUGAUAAGAUUGAUAAAAUCCAACUAAAAGCAUACUAUUAUGAAAAUGACGUAACACAAGUGUAAAUAUUUAUUCUGCAACUAUGCACUGUUUAAGCUUCAAUUAAAGAAAAACGAAAUGCUG